AUGGUUACACUCACCCAACGAAUCCUAUCGUUGAUAGGCUCGAUCGCUACGCGGUACACGCGGGUGUCGUUGUUUUUCACGCGUCAGUCUCUUUAUGGCGCCUCUCUUUUCACGGCCAUUGUGAUGGUGCUCCUUCCAAUUUCAGUGAUUACGUACUUGAACUUUUAUAAGAUGCUCGUACCGGUUGAGAGAUUUGCAGUGCCCACUUUGUUUGAAGAGGGAAACCGCUAUGGAAGUCUUGACAUCAGAUCACAUGCGUCGUUUACAGAGAUUGACACCCUGCUGGCUUUGCUGUUCCUCCGACGCAAUGCCGACUUGCCAUUUUCCGUGAGAAUCAACUUGAGAGCCGUGUGCUUUGUUGAAAAAUCGUACCAUUUGAUGCGGUACGUGUUCAAGCUUACGCCUGAUAUCAUCCGUGAGAACAGCUUUAUCAUUAAUUGCGAUCUGAGAUACAUAUAUGUCGAUAGGAAUAGCUGGAUCCCGUACCAUCUACGGUACUGGGUUCCUCCGAUUUUUGUGGACAUUUUCAAGACUGUUGAAGUGGAUUGGCCCUUGUACUAUAGUACAGGAGCCGAGCUUGUCAAGUUGUUGAAAGAACAGAAGAGUAAUCUUACUUUUGCAAACACCAACCCAAUUCUUAUCGACAACUCCAAGACAACCUUGGACUUUGUCAUUGAAUGGGACGGCAUCCGUUAUUACCUCGUGAACUACUAUUUCCUCAGCUUUUUCAUUGGCGUGUUGAUCUUCUGGGGCGCCAGUUCCUUCAUUUGCAUGAUCUCUACGCUUUACUACUAUAACAAGUUUAGCGAUGAGCCUGAAGAAACUAUACGUGCCCCACGUCCACGUCCACGUCCGCAGACAGCACCGCCAAGGACACACGGCUAA